GAGAAGGUUUAAAUUUAAUUAAUUUUGACAAAUUCAUAAACUUAGAAAAAUUUUGUGUUCUAAUUCCGGUUUAGUCCUCGCAGCGUCGUUGCUAUCUUGACUCAGGUGAAGUUGAAUGUGACGAUAACGUAGUUCAUGUUUCAAAUUUUGUGAAUGGUAGCCCAACGACUGUCAAUUGUGUACAAAUAUAUUGUUGAUACUGUAUAUCUCUGAGACUUAUGUAUUAAACACAAAUAAAUUAUUUGUGUUAUUAUUGAACUUCUUCAUAUAAGAAUAAUAAAAGUAUGUCAAGCACGGAACACAUUGAAUGUGUAACGUUAAUUAGCGACGAUUCUGAUGCAGAGGAGCUAUCAAAAGAAAAACCACCGUCUGGAACAUAUGUCAGUGGUAAAGUGAAAUAUGAUGACGACUCAAAUGAUGCUCCGACAAAUUCAGAUGAACGCCGUACGAGCAGACGGAUAAGACCCAAGGUUGAUUACUACAAGCCUAACUCCAAUACAGAACAAACUGAUAAGACUAACCCUACAGUGUCAGCUCGGUCCGAAUUUAAACCCCGUAAAUCUGAUAAUAUGCGCAUGUUAAUACAGAAAGAUAGUAAUGAUUCUCAAGAAGCGCAGCCGAUUGACAAAUAUCAUGAUUUCUUUAGUGGAAUUGAUGGUGCAGCCUUUCAAUCACGAUUAACACCCCAUAAAAUGGUUUCAGGUGAAUCAUCCGCUUUUCCCGAUAUAGUAAAAACUGGGCAAGUUGCACAACUAAUAUUUCUUAAUGUACGCAACCGUAUUCUAAAAAUGUGGAUAGAUAAUCCAAAAAGGGAAUUGACCUAUGAGAGAGCAUUACAAACCUUAGAAUCCCCCUUUGAUAGUGAUGCUAACUUGGUAAAACGUAUUCAUUCAUAUUUAGAGAGAAACAGCUACAUAAACUUUGGUAUUUUUCAAAGAUUGCGCCCUCUACCGUUGAAAAAAUAUAAAAAAGUAAUAGUGAUUGGAGCUGGAAUAUCCGGUCUAGCAGCUGCAAAGCAGUUACAACAAUUUGGAAUGGAUGUAACGGUUUUAGAAGCUCGUGACCGGGUUGGUGGGCGCAUAUCUACUUUUCGCAAAAAUAAUUAUAUUGCCGAUUUAGGAGCAAUGGUUGUAACUGGAGUUUAUGGCAAUCCAAUUUCUAUUAUAAGCAAACAAAUUAACUUGGAUAUGAUACAUAUACGUCAAUUUUGCCCCUUAUUUGAUGCUGGAGGAAAACCUGUUCCCAAAGAUAAGGAUGUGAUGAUCGAGCGAGAAUUUAAUAGACUUUUAGAAUCUGUAAGCUAUAUAUCACAUCAUCUUGAUUAUAACUAUGCUGGUAACAAUCCUGUAUCUCUUGGACAGGCGUUAGAAUGGGUUAUAUCAUUGCAAGAAAAAGCAGUUAAAAAAAAGCAAUUCAAACAUUUAGUCAAAAUUAAAGACAUUCAGCAGGAGAUUAUUGAAAAUCAAUCUAAAAUAUUGGACAUACAAUCUUUUAUUAAAGCUACUAAAGAAAGUUAUGAAAGUCUUAUUAAUACUCGUCAGCCACGAAAAAAUGAAUCUGACAAUAUUUGGACAAGUCAGGAAUUUGAGAUACGAUCUUUAUACCAACAGUGGAUUAAAGCUUUUAAUACCUAUGAAGAACUUAUUGAAAAAGAAAUGUUGCUAGUUUCUAAACUCAAUGAAAUAGAAUCUAACCCACCAAGUCAGGUGUACCUUUCACCAGAAGAUCGUCAGAUUCUUGAUUGGCACUUUGCUAAUUUAGAGUUUGCUAAUGCUACUCCUCUUAAUAAUCUUUCACUUAAGCAUUGGGAUCAAGAUGAUGAUUAUGAAUUUGUUGGCAUGCACACUACCGUACGAAAUGGUUAUUCAUGUGUUCCUAUUGCACUUACAGAAAGCUUGGAUAUACGUAUGAACACAGCAGUAAAAACAAUUAAAUAUUCUUCAUCAGGUGUUGAAAUAAUCGCUGAAAAUACAAAAGCAAAUAAUUCCACUCAUACAUAUAAGGGUGAUAUAGUUCUUUGUACGUUGACGCUGGGAGUGUUGAAGCUAGCUGUAAGUGGAGGUAUGAAUGUUCAAGCGAAUAUGGUUUCUUUCGAGCCACCCUUGCCUGAAUGGAAACAACAAGCAAUACAGCGUUUGGGAUUUGGCAAUUUAAAUAAGGUCGUACUGUGCUUCGAUCGCAUAUUUUGGGAUCCUAGUACAAAUUUGUUUGGUCACGUGGGAAGUACUACAGAAAGUCGAGGUGAGCUGUUCCUUUUCUGGAGUACUCCUCAAAAUCCAAUAUUGCUUGCUCUAGUAGCUGGACGAUCAACGCAUAUUAUGGAAAACGUUUCAGACGAUGUUAUCGUAGGACGAGCUAUUGCUGUUUUAAAAUGCAUAUACGGGAAUGGAGCAGUUCCUCAGCCAAAAGAAUCGAUUGUCACACGAUGGCGCGCUGACCCAUGGGCGAGAGGUUCUUAUAGUUUUGUAGCCACUGGUUCAUCUGGCAGCGAUUACGAUCUUUUGGCAGCACCAAUUAUUCCAUCCGAUUCUAGUAAAACGAGUACCUCACAAUCAUCGGAAAAGCAAGGGUUACCUAAAUUAUUUUUUGCUGGAGAACAUACCAUACGAAACUAUCCUGCAACCGUACAUGGCGCAUUUUUGAGUGGUUUACGUGAAGCUGGUCGUAUUGCCGAUUUUUAUUUAGGAUUUCCUGAGGGAACGCCAUCUAGCGUUGGGCAAUGCAUGUUGCAGUGCACUGAAAAUACUGGUGAUAUCAACAAUACACCAUUUACUGAAUUAGCUUCUAAUACAACAAAUGAAAAUUAUAAUGCUAAAAAAAAUGCUUGAAUAUCAUUCUUGGCAGCAGUAAAAAUAUAAAUGUACUAGAUGUUAUAUUUUAUUUUAAUUAUUUUAUUUACAUAGUUAUAAAUAGAAAACACAGUGUUUACCAGAAGAAAUUUAUCGAAAAUAUUUUGAUU